GAAUCUUGUAUUUACUACAGACACUACAACAUUUGAAGCUUUAAACAAUGUAUUCUUCAAACGUUGGAACUCUCGCUCUUUGUUGUUUCUUCCUCCUGGGAUUUACUGAAGUUACUGGUAAGUCGAGUCCUUUUUUAUGAAAAGCCCUGUAGCGAUUGACGCCGGCCGGUUUGUAUACUGAUCCGUUAUUUACAUAUACUACAGUCAUCUCUGUCAAAAACGGAAAGCGUGAGGACAGAGGCAGUUCUAGUUACCGUCUGUCUGUCGUUAUGUUGGUUAUGGGAAGGGAAAGAAAAUUAUAAAGGUCGAGGAGGGGAGAAAGUAAACAAAAAAUUAGCGAAAAGGGAUAAAUGAAGGAUGACGUUGAUGGGGUGUACAGAGCAAAACAUGUGCUUGGAAAAUAAGGAUGGAAGAAUACUUUGAGCCGGUUCGGAUGGCAAUUUCCAACGAAGUUUCUUUGUAGUACUUGCGUGUAACUUUUUCUUUUAACCAAGCGGCAGAUUGCAGCAUUUUAGUAUUUUAGAAUGAAUAAAAUAAAAUUGAUGAUAAUUACGUUCUGUAUCAAGUAACUCACUUGUUCGUUGCGAUCAUUCAUUGACUUUUAAUUUGAUAUACGUCAACACUGAGUGUUAGUAAUGUGUGUGAAAAACUGUAUGGACUGCAUGCUGGAACAUUCCAUGAAGAAUUCUUAAUACAUCUUAGUCAGCUUAAAUGUCACCAAGUCAAAAACUGCACUUUUUUAAUUUCUCAGUUGAUUUAAAGUACAAACAGGCUAUGUAAAAAUUUUAUGACGAAUCAUUACAUCAAAGGGCACAAUCAAGUAUAAAACUCAUUGAAUCGUGUCGAUCAAACUGAUAUCAUAGUUAGUGCCGAUAAAAAAAUAUAAAUGUUAAUUAAAAAAAAAAAAAAAAAAAAUUGCAUAAUCGCUUGAGCUUGGGGCCAAAUCAUCAACUCGCUUAAUUAAUUAAAAACUCCCCGAGAAUUACAGGCUAGGAGAAGAGAGGAAAAUCAUUUUUUGCUCUCUGCCUCUCCAUUUCUCCAGUUUCUCAGAAUGUGUCUCCUUCUUGCUCGGCUAAAAAUCGCCUGUUAUUAUUUAUUCAAAAUAUUUCGCCGCUGAUUGGCUUAAAUUCCCCAGGGGCCAGCUAGCAUUGCCUGAAUUUAAUUGGAAGAUAUUUAGCUGAUAUCAAUCGACUUCUUGCUUCAAUCGUAUUCUGAUAACCACGGGAAAAAACAACAAACAAUAAGUUUAAAAGUUUUUGUCCCCUAACGAACUGAACAUAACAUUUUCAUUUUUAAAAUUUAACAUAGCUCUUGCGGGAGCACAGAACGGCCUCUGGUAAUCGAGUCUAUCAACUAUGCGUGAUAAAAUUAUUUUUUUAGCAGAAAAUGUAUUUAGUAACGAUACUGAGAUUUCACACAGUAGCUUUCUGGACAGUGUGUAGUUCGCCAAAGUGAUUUCGCAAUGUUCGAUCGCCUGCCAAUUUCUACAAAUCAACCGGCCAGUCAACGGUACGUCCAGCUGAUUUUUGUUUUCGUUGCUACUUAAUUAUAAAUUACCCGAAUUAAGCGUUUUCGACAUCACGCGAAGCUUUUCUAAACGCUUUUUCAAGAACUUUUGUUUCCCUGAAGCGCUCGUAAUCUGCAGAAACGACGACGUCUGAGGUCUAUGACGUAUUUCCGUUUUCUUUCUGCUAGGUUCGUGUCCAGGCUUCUCGCGGGUUGAGUUUUUUAUUACAAAUGCGUUCUCCUGUCGUCGAAGGUAAUAAGUUGCGUUAGUAUUAGAACAGUACGGUAACGUUAUUUUUAGACUGCUGCUUACGUUUAAACCAUUCUCGGAGACCCAUAAUUUUUUAAAGGGAUUAGUUUUUGUAAUUCUUUUUUUAGUGAAGGGGAUGAAUAUGCCGGAAAUAACAAUUCAACAAUCUUCCUUGGAUUUGGCUGCUAACGUCACUGCGGCCAUUUUGGUUUGCAAGAACAAAAGCAUUUCCCUCCACUUCCUAAACCAUAGUUUCACGCAAAUUCUGCGAAGAGAGCGAACUGACGGGAGAAUAUGUAUUGUUCUGCGAACCAACAUGACCACUUUCACGUUGUUGCAAACCAAGGGUAUUGGAUCACUGACGUUGUUGAGAAGAAAUGAAAAAGAGCGAUCGUUGUGGGGGGUUCGUUGUCACGAUAGUUUCAGUACUUUGCUAUUUUUUUUUUUUUUACCUUCUUUCUUUCAAUCUUUCUUUAUUAUUUUUUAUAGCUACGUUUGGAACGCUUACUGCUGGUCUUAAGCCUAAUAAAGACCAGUAGUUCGCGGUCGAAACGUCGUGAUCUUUAACAAUGUGACCGUCGUGAGACAACGUUAAAACGAACCCUCAUACCUGACGAUUAAUUAAUAGUGUCUUUCAUUACCACUGAGUACUCGCGCAACUGACACGAUAUUCUUUUAUCCUGACCCUGGCCCUGGCCCAAGACUAAUUUUUCUUUUUUCUUAAAAAAGAAAUUCCAAUUUUUAUUUUUAAUCCUUUGAUGGGAUUAAAAAAACAAGAAUUAGCCAUACAGGAAAUACAAGCUUAGCUUUACCUCACAAUUGCGUGACUUCCUGACGAGGAACAAACCAGGGGCCGGGCACAAACUCAAAAUGACUUCAUCAUUGAACUACUUGAAUUAACUACAACAUUUGAGUCAGUCCAACAAUGUAUUCCUCCGACGCUGCGAACUUGUUUUUUUGUAGUUGGUUUCUCCAGGUCCUUCCUGAAGUUACUGGUAAGUCAAAUUCUGUUUCGGGAAAAGCGGUAUGGCAGUGAUUAACGAAAUUGUAAACUUGACUGUGUUACUCAGUCGACACUUUCGAAGAUAACACACACUUAACGAGCGAUACACAUUAUUCAUUAAAUUUGGAAAUCUGACUGAAGAGUAAUGGUAGUCGUUUACAAAAUGCCGUUGUGCAGUUGCAAGCUGUCAGGGUCUACUUUUCAGACUUUUUUGGCUUCUAUACGUACCCAAACUACCGGUCACAAACUAAUUGAAACUUCGUGUCAAAGGUCAUCUAAAAUUUUAAAGCAAGCUUAACUCACUCGGACUAGACGCUCAUAUUGUUCUUUUUUUGUUUGGGCUAGCUACAAGGCAACAACAAUAACAGUUUUAUAGCAUUUAGAAAUUUUGCUCUGUGCAUUGGUAUCUGUUUAAUGGUAUUGUAAAAAUGAAGUUUCUUUUUCCGAAAAUAAGUAAGAUUUGGUGGUUGAUCUUGAACAAUUCUUAAGAGACACUGGAGACGAAAGCUUUAAAAUCAUGAAAUUUGAAUCGUACUUAUUCAACGGAAGUUUUAAUCUUCUAUGAUGUGCCCAGCAGUACGUCAGCAGUGCUAGGGAUUUUGCGAGACUCUUGAUUUAACGAUUUCCUAGAAAAUUAGGAUUGGAGAUUGAGAGAGGAUCAAGGAUCGAGAAUCGGGGAUCAGCGAUUAAGGAUCGUGGAUCGAUGAUAGGGGAUCGAUUUUCUUUUCUUUGUUUUUUUUUUUUUUUUUUUUUUUUUUUUUUUUUUUUUUUUUUUUUUUUUUUUUUUUUUAUAAUAAUUUUUUUAUUUAUUUACAACACAAGCACUACUUACAAAAUGUUACUUAACACAACUUACAGUGCUUACACUACUUACAACACCGUACUCAUUACUUUUUUUACAUAGAAAGAAGAAAAGAAAGUUACAAUUACAAUUAUUGACGACUAAUAACUUAAACUAAAGUGAUUACUAACAUAAUUUACAAUACUAACACUAUAAACACAGAGGCAACAGAAAAGUAUAAGAGGAUUAUAUAUAGAUUAAGUAUAAGUGUUUUUCUUUUUAUUUAGAAGGAUAAGUAAAGAGAACUGAACGGCCUAGACUGUAAUAAUAAUAAUACUAAUAAUAAUAAAGCGUUACGCGGUGCACAAUAUCGCCCAUUUUUUAUAAAAGUCACUUAAAGUUCUAUUUUUGGUACAAAUAUAUUUUUCUGUUUCGAAUUUAAUAUUAAUCCUUAACUUAAACCCUGCAAUAAUUGGACGAGUUUGUGAUCUUCUGCAAUCCCAUAUAUAUAGUUUGGCUAUUAGUAGAAAGUAGUUCAGUAAAGGGCAUUGUACGGCUAUUAUACCUAAUAGCACAUCCUGUAGACUAAGGUUGAUCAAUUCAUUUGACAACGAGUAAUAAUAUAAUUCAAAAUCCUUCCAGAAAAGUUUUGCAUAUACACAGUCAAAAAGAAGGUGGAUAAGGGUUUCCGGUUUAUACAUACAAAAGGAGCAUUUAUCAUCGGUAAUAUAUCCUAUUUUAUAUAACUUAGUGUUAGUAUAUAAUAUGGAGUUAAGGACCUUGUACUGAAAGGCCUUAACAUAGAAUUCAGAACAUAUGAUGUGCGGUAAAAGAAAUGCUUUUUCUAGCUGAUCUUCCGUCAGAUUAAAAUCCCGUUUUAAAGCUGAGGUAUUUUUAGAAAGCUGUGCCUUUUUACUUAUGAGCAAUGAAUAAUAAUCUUUUGAUUUCUUCUUUAAAAUAUCAAAGUCGUUAUUCUUAAUUAUCACGGAGGGUGGCAUUGUUAAAAAGGUGUGAUCAGAUGUUCUAGGAUUAGCUUUUAAGUGGGACGGUACAGCAUAUCUGAGACCUGCCCAUACUAAGAAAUUGGUUUUUUCAAUCUUUCUUAUAAUGAUACUAUGUGACUCUGCAAUACUUAAAUCAAAUCGAAGAUCGGAAACCAGAAGAAAACCAUUGUCGAAAAAUGUUUUGUAAAAAUUGGCUUAUUAUUUAUCCUAAUGUCUUUAUUAUUCCAAAUAAUAUUAUACCGCAUUUUAUCUGUAGAAAAGUCAUCACGAAAAUCAGCCCACCAUUGAAGCAGCUCGAGUAAAAAGGUGAUUUGAUUAGAACGUCUUUUACAUCGUAGUUACAAUGAAAUAGAAAGAGGCCCCCCGAAACUUUUAAGUUGAUAACGCAAGUAAUUCUUCCAUGUGCUGUCGUUUUCGCUGAAGAUUCUCUUUAGCCAGGCAAGUCUUAAAGAUUUGACCAUCGUUUCUAGGUCAAUCAUUUUCAAGCCACUUUUUGGUAGUCAUUUAUUGUUGACAAACGUGUGACCUUGUCAACACCUCUCCAUAGGAAUUUAAAUAUCAAUCUGUUCAAUUCUUGAACCGCCCACUUUGGAAUUGUUAAUAAUGAUGCCACGUAAACAAAUUUUGGAACAAUCAACGAUUUGAUAACAGUAACCUUUCCAUAAAGGGAAAGACCUCGCGCAGACCAUAUGUGUACCAAUUUUUUCACGCUGUCUAGUCUUUCUAUAAAAUUUUUCUCGUGUAGUAAUUUUUGAUCAUAGGUGUAAUAGACUCCGAGAGCUUUAAUUGGUUCAUUUGGCCAUUUAAUACCAAAAGGUUUUGAUUUAUUUUCCUUUAAUGAUCCGAUCCACAUUGCUUCAGUUUUUGAGGGAUUAACGGCUAAACCUGAAAUCCUCUUAAAAUCGUCUAACAACCUGAAAAGGGUUUGGGCUGAGUCGAUGUCUGACAGAACCACAGUUGUGUCAUCUGCGUAUUGAAGUAAUUUUGUUUCCUUCUUGUCAAUAGUAAUACCUUUUAUCAUUGGAUUUUGUCUUAUUGCGAUAGCCAAGGUUUCAACAGCUACUACAAAGAGAUAAGGAGAAAGAGGAUCACCUUGCCUAACUCCUCGUUCGACUGUAAAGUAAUCAGAGAUUAUGCCAUUGUUGAUAACACAGCUUUGUAUAUUUUUGUAAAAAGAAGAAACCCAUCUAAUAAAGCUCUGGCCAAAAUUAAAAGAUUCUAGACAACUUUGUAAAAAGCUGCGUUCUAAACUAUCGAAAGCCUUCUGAAAAUCGAUAAAGAUCAACAAACCAGGAAUGUUUUCUUCAACAGUGAAGUUCAUUAUGUCAAAAAUCGAUCGUCUUUUCUUUGUUGCUUUUGUCUUUUUGUUUGUUUGUUUGUUUGUUUGUUUGUUUUUAUCAUAACUGUGUGAUGUACCGGUCAAUUUCAAAACUGCCUAUCCCGUCCUCCUGGCGCAUAUUCGUUUGCGGUCCUUUGCAGUUUAAAUGUCAAUUUAUUACUUAUUUUUUGGGGCCGUAGGUCCAUUAUAGAUCCGAUAUGUUGUUCCUUUUUUUCAUGGUUUUGCCCAUGUUUCUAAGGUUGGUUUUGUCCAUCCAAGACAUCAUAGACAUGCACUUGGACUCUUGCCCUCUCUCGGACACGUGAUAUGGCGUGAUUCUGUGUGUUUGAGUUCGGUGUCAGGGCUCCUAAACAGAGUGUGCGGGAAUCGAAUUUUAGAGCAGAGCGUCUCUGUUCGUUGCGCCGUACUGAAGAGCAACAAAAAUGGGGAAACAGCUGUCUACUGCUACGACCCCGCUCUGUUUUUGCUUAUUCAGAGUCGUGUUGAUGUCUUGCGAAGUUAAUUUUCACUUAGUACAAUCAGCUUUGCAGAAUUCAGUGUGUAUACCCCAGGCAUUUGACUAAAGUUUUGCUCCGUACAGUGGGAAAUUAUGAGGCCCGCUCAGCUCAGUCGGGCAUUUGAGCUUCGUGUCAAAAUGCUGGUCAGCAAAGCAAAAGGAUUUUGUAAUUCUUUCGGCUUUUUGAACGGUGUACCGCGUUCACAGGCCAUUCCUCCUAUUUUUACUGUUUUGUUAGAGCAUUUAUUUGAGAGCCUUUGAAAAAGCCCGUUUAAUGUUGCAGUAACGUGGUCUUUCUGGAAUGAACAAUUUCAUUGAAAUGAACAAACCUCCGUAAGACAGUUUUCCGAGAGUUAAGCUAAAUAUUUCAGUUGUGUCUAGAAGGAUAUUUACAUUUGAAUAAAACGGUAAUGACUCAUGGAAAAAUUUUGGAAUGUAGUCGUUGGUGGGUGGGGGAUUUGACGCUCUUAACCGGUGGGGCAUGUGCAUUUGACCAACUAAACAGCUAAAGUUUUUCAAAAAAGUUAAAUGCAGGGGGGAGGGGGAAGGCUGGGCAUGGGUGGUUUUGGGAUUGACUGGUACAUAACAGAAUCAUAACAAACCGAAUUCUGACGCAAAGUUCAUAGAUUCGUCGUAUGGAAUUGUAUUGUGUUGCAUUACAUUGUAUUGUUGUAUUUUAUUUAUUAAAAACUUAAUUUAUAUUAAUCAGAAAAUUGUCGACCGACUUUUCCAAAUUUUAUUUAUUUGUUGCAUGUUCUUUUUUUUGCAGGAGAUCUUGGAACACAGGAAAGCAUCGCUGUCGGCGUUUCCUUAGGAUUAACAACUUUUAUCGUGUCAUUUAUUGGUUUCUUCUUGUGCCGUGCUCUAUAUUUUGACAGAGGUGUAAAUUUCAAAGUAAAAGACGUUGAUAAAGUGAGUAUAUUAUUCGUCAUAAGUUUGCACCACGCAACAAUGGCUAGGUACAAACUUCGUCGUCAUCACUAUCAUUAUCAUUAUUGUUAGUGUUCAGUUCAUGAGAGCGUAUUUCUUCUCCAGAGGCGGGGUCCAAACCUUCAACCUGGGGCGCUUGAUAGUUGCUCUGUCUAUAUUGUCAGUUGAUGGAUAGGACCGAACUUCCCACCGGAUAAAAAUCUAUCCAGUGGAUAACGCAGUUGGUUUCCCUAAGACAUAUCCACUGGACAGUGAUUUAUCCGAUGGAUAGCGCUAUCCAACGUUUGAACAACCGGGGCCUGACUUUUAUACUUGAAUUCUUUUUUCGAAACCUUGGUGGAAGUGAUCUACUAUUAUUAUUAUUAUUAUUAAUAUAUAGAUUUAGCCAGGGCUAAAAGCGAAGCUCCAUUAAUAAAUUUGUAAUUUCAAUCAAACGAUAAACUUGUAUUCUGCAAAUCAGUUCACUUUAGAGCACAUUCAUGUUUUUUGUACAUCACAUCUGACAGUCUGAGGUGAAACAGUACUACGAGGCGCUGUUUUUAUCAUACAGACCUCAGACAGAAUGCAGUAUUUCACAGUUUUGAAAUAUAAAUUGCAAUCAUUCAAUAUUCAGGACGAUCGAAGCACGCGUGGGCUUUUAGCGAAACCGCUAAAAAAAGUUCCAAAAUCACCUAUAUAACGGCCGGCCAGUUGCAAGCUGUGGAGUGUUUGAAUGAACAUUAAGAGAGUUACACUUCAACAUAAUAAAGAAUUUAUUGUGUUUUUUUAUUAUUAUUAUUUAAUGGUUUUAUAACGAUGUGUAAACUUAACAAGCGUUUAAUACGCGCGACGUUUUGAGUACUCCUGCAACUGAAAACAUUAACGGCAAAUUGCAAGAGAGACUACUAACAAUCAAUAAAAGAAAUAUAAUUCGGUGAAACAUUUACAGAGAAAACAAUUUUCAUUCACGAAGACAAUUAAGUAUUAAAGUGUCUCUAAGAAUCCGGAGUCUUUAUGCUUAAAGCCAAAGUUUAUGUUUUAAAGCCGGCUUCCCGGUGUUUGCUGUUUUCAAAUAUGAACUUGAGGCGAGAAAAUUGCGCAAAGCUUUCUUUCUACAGCCAAAAUAAAAACGCAACGUUUUUUUCUUUCUAUUUGCGGUGAGAAAAUAUCGACUAAAGACUUUUUAAAGUUCUGCAAGCUUAAAUCAAACCUCAUACUAUAGGUCAGAUCAUUAUCUCAAAUCUUAAUUCAAACAUGCAUAAACUAUAGCCUCAUAAACUGCGCUCGGCUUCAUGAAAUUAGAUAUAUGAAAAAAACAAAUUCAAAUACAAUAAUCACUCAGGCAGCUCCUGGAAGCUACAUCGCUUCAGACUUUUCAAUCAAGCAAGGUGAAAAACGAAAACGAGCCGAUGCUAUCCGAAAUCGGAUUUCCGACUUUGACAGGCGACGUAUUUCUCAACCAAAAACCCAAUAGACAAACUAGCCAUGAAUAACAGAAGACUCUUGAUAGUGGCUGAAUUUCAUUUCGUACAUCCAGUAGAAAAAGACAGUUAAAAACAUCUCAAGUUGACACAAAACUCUGUCAGCUUCAGCUGUCACAGUAAACAAGUUUCAAGAUGCUGCAUAAAUUUUCCGCGUAAACUCACCUGUCAAAUUUUGCCAAUCAGAGCAUAAAAAUUGGACGUAGAGCGUGACCGACGCGUUCACUGACGACUGAAAACAACAACUGGCAAAGCGAUCAUUUAAGAACGAGAUCUUGACAAACAAUCAAGACAAGAAAUAUAAUACGAAGAAACAUUUAAAGGUCAACAAUUUUUAUUCCCGAAGACGUGUUUUGAGAGUAAAGCUGAGUCACGAAUACAUUUAAAUAUUAAGCCUUAAGUUUUAAGCCGCCUUCGCCGUGUUUGCUAUUUUGCAAGAUGAACUCCAGGCAAGAAUUUCGCUCAAAGUUUUCUUUUUACAAACAGUAGGAUAACUAAACUAUUUUUCAGAACUUUUUCUUCUAGUCGCCGUCAGAAAAUGUCUGAAGACUUUUAAGUUCUUUACUAGGUCAGAUAAAUUGAUUCAAACCUUACUAAUGUGCGUAAAAUGACGGCAUAAACAUGAAAAAAGAAAACACAUAAGAUGCAAUAAAAUUACUCAAGCUUACCGGUCGAGAUGCAGCACGGAAACCCAUCAAGUAAGGCCAGAAUCGCUUAAGAUUUUUCGCAUGGUCCAGCAAGGCGAAGUAAGCUUAUUAAGAGUAGCUUAUUUUUGAAAACGAUGAUUCCCGAUUUCUUUUUGUCAUGGGGCGCAUUUCUCAACCACAACCCAGUAAACAAGCCAGCCAAGAAUAACAAAAGAAUGUUGAUAGCUGCUGUAUUUCAUUUUGUAGAUCCAGUGCAAAAAGACAGGUAAAAACAUCAAAAGAUGACUCAAAACUCUGUCAGCUUCAGCUAUCAGUGAACAAGUCGCAGAUGCUGCAUAAAUUUUACACUUGAAUCCUCUUCGCUAGCGUGCCUGUUAAUUCUUACUCUAUGCCUUUCUCUUCUUCUCUUUCCCGUCGCUUUUCACUUACAAGCAAAUAGUUUGAAUCCAAUCCGCUAUUCAUUGCCAUAACAAUUUCUUUGAAACAGUUUACUAGAAACUGAGCUCUCCGGACACAAAAUCCUUAUGCAAUGAAGUAGUUCCGUUGAAGUAACAUGUUUUUGAACGCGACGACAGCAACGUCAUUUCUUGCGCGAUUUUCCUCCAAGAAACAGGUGGGUUGCACAAAUGCAUCGCGCGAUUUAUAACAUGCUCCUCCCCCGGACGGGCUGACACCUGAUUCCCUUCCCUCCCCCGCAAAGAGUGUACGGGCGUACGCUACGUCAUAACCAAAUUUUCUCGGAUGGAUGGUUUACCAAAUUUUAUUACCCAUGGUGCUCCGCUGGCGCGCUUCGCGCGCCGGAGCUCCGCUAUUAUUAUUAUUAUUAUUAUUAUGGUUAUCAUCAUCAUCAUCAUCAUCAUCAUCAUCAUCAUCAUCGUCAUUGUCAUCGUUGAAAAGCCCCUUUGGGGAGGUAACAAUACAGUAUGUACAAUUAAGUUUGUAUGUAUCGUCAUCGUCAUUAUCAUUAUCAUUAUCGUUAUCGUUAUCAUUAUCACCAUCAUCAUCAUUAUUAUUAUUAUUAUUAUUAUUAUUAUGAUUGUUAUUAUUAUUAUUGUUAUCAGUUACACUUAUUAUCUGCGUAUUUCCAGGAUAUUCCUGCUGAAACUGGAAGUGUAAACAUGGAACCACCGCCUUACCGAUACAGAUAUCAGAAUGCUUUUACGGAGACAGGAAGCUUUCAUAUGGAAACUUCGCCGUCCCCAGCGCAUUACCAAAUAGUUAGCCAUGUUUGA